GGUCAGACAAACUUGUAGUAUUAGGCAUGGGCACGAACCGUUCAUGAUCCAACCCCUCCCAACUUGCCUACUGCCACGAGCGCACUUCUAAAUUCUUCUGGGGGUCAUUAUGAAUGAUGUAACCACCAACAUUUUUCGCUACAAAAAAUCUCCUAAAAUUUUCAAAUUUCAAUAUAUGAAUAAAAAAUGCAAAGUCUACUUCUAAGGAAGUCUCCAUUAUGAUGAUUAUGUGAGAAUCGGAGUUACCUAGUUAGUGAUACUGGUAAAUUCUGUUAAUCCCAACAGUAUCAUAAUCUUCUUCUACAAUUCCAAUGAUUUCUUGUAGCUAUUCCUUAACUUCUGGGUUGAAUUUCACUUCAUUUAAUCAUUCAAGAUUGACCCUUCAAUUAUUUCAUCCUAAUUCAAGAUGGGUAUUCACUAAUUUUGCUCCUCGUUAUUGGAAACAAAUUGGGUCUUUUCAGUGUAGACUUUCAUGUAUUUGUUGUCAGGCUACUCAGAUAGAGACGUUGCAGAAAAGGAGGUGCUCGCCUUUACUUGAACAUGAGUUACUAUACAACUGUGUGCUGUUGGGCUCUAGCGAAUGGACAGCCGUUCCCGACAUUUGGAGAACAGCUGCCGAAAAAUAUGGUGAUCAAACUGCUUUGGUAGACCCAUAUCAUGAACCUUCCUUAAAGCUCACUUAUAAAGAGCUUGAACAACAGAUUAUGAAUUUCUCUGAAGGCUUAAGAGUUGUCGGAGUAACCCCAGCUGAAAAGGUUGCACUUUUUGCUGAUAAUUCAUGCCGUUGGUUGAUUGCUGACCAAGGUACUAUGGCAAUGGGCGCUAUCAAUGUCGUUAGGGGCUCAAGGUCAUCCAAAGAAGAACUAUUGCAUAUCUACAAUCAUUCCGAAAGUGUUGCGCUCCUUGUAGAUAAUCCUCAGAUGUUUAAUGGGAUGGCGGACCUGUUCAUUUCCCAGGCAACAAUUAAAUUCAUUAUAUUGCUCUGGGGAGAUAAAUCAGACUUGAAGGAAGGAGUGUCUGAUAGAAUAUCAGUUUUCAGCUACAGCGAGAUCAUAGCAAUGGGAAAAGAAAGUCGCAAAAAACUGGCUGAUUCUUAUGAUGCUAGGAAACAGUACCUUUAUGAGCCCAUAAACUCUGAUGAUGUUGCCACAUUGAUGUAUACUAGUGGUACCACGGGAAACCCAAAGGGAGUAAUGCUUACACACCAGAAUCUUCUGCACCAGAUCAAGAAUUUGAAGGACGUUGUACCUGUAAAAUCUGGUGAUAAAUUUCUGAGCAUGCUGCCACCCUGGCAUGCUUAUGAACGGGCAGCUGAGUAUUUCAUUUUUUCAUAUGGGAUACAACAAGUGUACACAACUGUGAAGAACCUAAAGGAGGAUUUGAAGAAAUAUCAACCCGAUUACCUCAUUUCCGUUCCGUUGGUAUUUGAAACUCUCUACAGUGCGAUUCAGAAGCAGAUUGCUGCAAACCCUGUUGUUCGAAAGACUAUUGCAGUUGCAUUCCUAAAAAUUAGUUUGAUAUACAUGGAUUUCAAGAGGAUUUACGAGGGAAAACAUCUUACCAGGAACCAGCAGGAACCGUCUUUCCUGGUUGCAUUUGUUGAUUGGUUGUGGGCAAGAGUAGCUGCAUCAGUUUUGUGGCCGAUUCAUGUUUUAGCCAAGCUGCUGCUGUAUCGUAAAAUCCAGUCUGCUAUUGGGAUAUCAAAGGCAGGUAUAAGUGGAGGUGGAAGUCUACCCGUGUAUGUUGACAAAUUCUUCGAGGCAAUCGAUAUAGUAGUGCAGAAUGGGUAUGGUCUGACCGAGUCGUCUCCUGUUGUUGCUGUUAGAAGACCGGCCUAUAAUGUUUUAGGAUCUGCUGGUCAUCCACUUAAGCUUACAGAAAUUAAAAUCGUAGACGCUGAUACUGAUGACGUUUUAUCUCCUGGUUCAAAAGGCAUCGUCAAAGUAAGAGGACCUCAAGUGAUGAAAGGCUAUUUCAAGAAUCCAUCAGCUACAAGGCAAGUUUUGGACGGUGAAGGCUGGCUGAAUACCGGGGAUUUAGGCUGGAUAGCACCUUAUCAUUCAGCAGGGAGAAGUCGUCUUUGCGGAGGUGUUCUUGUUCUCGAUGGACGAGCCAAAGAUACUAUAGUUCUUUUGACAGGGGAAAAUGUUGAGCCGUCGGUGAUUGAAGAAGCUGCCAUGAGAAGUAGUCUAAUUGAGCAAAUUGUUGUUGUUGGUCAGGACCAACGGCGGCUUGGAGCUAUUGUUGUGCCGAACAAAGAAGAGGCUUUACGGGUCGCAAAAAAAGCGUCUUUUAUCGAUGCUGAUGCUAGUGAACUAAGGAAAGAUAAACUGAUAAGCCUCGUACACGAGGAGUUGAGAAGAUGGACUUCAGAGUGCUCGUUUCGAGUUGGCCCAAUUCUAAUUGUGGAUGAGCCCUUCACGAUUGAUAGCGGUCUUAUGACCCCAACCUUAAAGAUCAAAAGAGAUGUAGUGGCAGAUAGAUAUAAAGAUCAAAUAGCUAAUUUAUACAAGCGAACAUACCCGAACAGCUGACCAGGCACAUUUUAAAACCUGCUAGCUGCAAUUUAUCGUACAGCAAUUACAUUAGUUUCUUUUCAAUACUUUCUGUCCAUUCCGAGGUUGUAUGUAACCUUAAAAGGCUUUCUACUGUUGCCUUCGAAAAAUGAAUGAGAAAAACAAGAUAUUAUACCAAUGUACUUUGUGAAGAAUAAGAUGAAGAAUGCUGAAAAGGAUACUUUUGGGAUACUGUUGUACAAUAAGUUAGAAUUAUACCAAAUCGUAUUUAUGUAUUCCUAACUUUCUUAAAAUAGAAAGCCAUUGAGGGACCGGACUAAGUUGUUCAUACGUGCUUUAUUGUAUUAACAAUCAACAUUUCAUUA